UCAACUUUAUCAAACGGCACUGCGGCAGCGUCCUUUAUACCAAAUAUUGACCGAGAAUUUAGCGAUGUUGUUGACGGAUCUGGGAGAAGAACGCUAAGUCCAUUUUUCUAUAUAAGAUAAAAAUUACCGUCUACAUCAAAUAACUACGAAAAUCUUUGGAAAAUGGAGAUCGGUCUUCCCGUGCGAUAUGAACUGCACGAACAGAUUGGAAAGGGCACGUUUAGUGUUGUACGAAAGUGCAGAGAUACACAAAUGAAUGGGCUGUGUGCAGUAAAAAUCAUUGAUAUAUUUCGCAUGAAAAGUACAACUGGGCUCACACGUGAAGAUCUUGAAAAUGAAUGCAGAAUAUGUCGGAAACUAGAGCAUCCUCAUAUAGUUAAAAUGCUUGGUGCAUAUGAUGUUGACAACACAGUCUACAUGGUGUUCGAAUACAUGGAUGGUGCUGAUCUCUGCUUUGAAAUUGUAAACAGAGUAAAUGCAGGUUUUGUGUACAGUGAAGCUGUUGCAAGUCAUUAUUUGCGACAAAUUUUAAAUGCAUUAGCCUACAUGCAUAGUAUGAAUGUCAUACACAGAGAUAUUAAGCCUCACAACAUUCUACUUGCAAGCAAAGAAAACUCUGCUCCAGUGAAGAUAGCUGAUUUUGGUGUUGCACGGAUGUUGGAAUCAGGAGAAUCAAUCACAACAGGAAGAAUAGGUACACCACAUUUUAUGUCGCCUGAAGUUGUCAAAAGAAUACCUUAUGGGAAACCAAAUGAUGUCUGGGGCUGUGGUGUUAUUAUGUUUAUUCUUUUAAGUGGAUUUCCUUUUAAUGGAGCAGGGGAAAAAAUAUAUGAAGUUAUUUCUACUGGAAAAUAUUCUAUGCGACCAAAACAGUGGGACCUGAUCUCAGAUGAUGCAAAAAAUUUGGUCCAAAGUUUUUUGACAUAUGAUCAAAAUGAUAGGAUUACUGCUGAUCAGGCACUUGUUCAUCCUUGGCUUAAGGACAGAGAUAUUGCUCCAAGAAAUCAUUUGCAGGAAUGUGUAGACGAGAUGAAGAAAUUCAAUGCAAGGAGAAAGCUUAAAGGAGCAGUAUUAGCUGCGGUUGCAAGUCGCAAGUUUGUUGAUGGUAUUGUUCCAAAUGGAGAUGUCCACAAAAAUGGCAUCAGUCCGAAUCAUUGUGUGGAGGAAUUUUACCCUGAUGACGACCUUAAUGCUGCUGGUUCGGUUGCUCAAUUGCUGGAUUCUAUGGAAGAAGUUCAAAUUUUGACUCAAGCGAAUCAAAACGAUAUCGACUUUCUUCGUGACUUCUUUGAUAACAAUAAAUUUCAGUCGUUGCUUGAGAUAUAUGAUCGUGUUCAAGAGUGGUCGUUGAUCAGUGAAAGAUCGCGUUCUUUGAUUCAACCUGAUGCUUCACAAACUGCAAAAGAGGCAAUGGAUUCUAUUGACGUUCCCGCAGAAGAAGACGAUGACUGUUUUGAGCUUCAAAAUAUUAUGAAAGAACCUAAUAUGUUGGCACUUUUAGAAGCUCAUGACAGUAUCUUAAAUGUUCGUAAAGAUGAAGAAAGACAAUCAAUGUCUGAUGUUGAUGAUGGAUCAGACACCUUACCUAAAGAGGCUGUGACCAGAGUUAGAUUGGUGCAAUUUGAAAAAGCACCGAAUGAACCAAUGGGUAUUACGCUAAAGCGAAAGGAUGGACGUGUUUAUGUUGCAAGAAUUAUGCACGGAGGGAUGAUCCAUAGACAAGGAACUUUACAUCCUGGUGAUGAAAUUCGCGAGCUGGAUGGCGAAUGUGUUGAUAAUAAAUCAAUUGAAAAUUUACAGGCGACUUUGAAACAAGCCAGUGGUACCGUUACUUUCAAGAUUGUUCCAAGUUUCAGACACGAGUCCAAUGAACGUGGGAGUUUCGUGAAAGCCUUGUUUUCUUACGAUCCAAAAGGAGAUGAACUUAUUCCAUGCCAACAAGCUGGUUUAGCGUUUGUUGUUGGAGACAUACUCGAAAUUGUUUCUAAGACUGAUUUUAAUUGGUGGCAGGCUGUCAAAGUCGCCGACAAAAAUUUAGCAGGUCUUGUUCCUUCUUCAGAACUUCAAGAAUGGCGAGUUGGUUACGCCGCUGCAGAAAAAGCAAGAAAAAGUAGAGUUUCAUGUUUAGGAUUUCGACGGAAGAAACGCUAUAAAGAGAAAUAUGUUUUGAAACAUAACGCCGCAUUCAAUCAAUUGGAUUUGGUGACUUACGAAGAAGUUGUGCAGCAGGAUAAUUUUCAUAGGAAAACUCUCGUACUUUUGGGAGCACAUGGUGUUGGACGACGUCAUAUUAAAAAUACUUUGAUUAGCAGAAAUCCAUCCAAGUACGCAUAUCCAAUACCUCACACUACGCGACAACCAAAGCAAGACGAAGAAGACGGCAAGAACUAUUUUUUUAUUUCCACGGACAAAAUGCUUGUUGAUGUUGAAAAAAAUAGAUAUCUCGAAUUCGGUAGUCACGAAGGAGCCAUGUACGGAACUAAACUUGACACUGUACGCAAUAUCAUUAGCCAAGGGAAAAUACCAUUACUUGAUGUCGAGCCUCAGUGCUUAAAAAGUUUACGUUGUUCUGAAUUUGCUCCCUACAUUGUGUUUAUCGAUGUCCCUCCAGUGGUUACCAGCAAUACCGACGGAUCGGACGAAACGUUAGUUAAACUUGCCAAGGACUCUGAAUCUCUUCGCGAUAAAUAUAAUUACCUAUUCGAUAAGACGAUAGUGAAUUAUAAUAUAGAAGACACGAUAACAAAUCUUGAAAGUUCUCUUGCCACAUUACACAACUUUCCGCAAUGGGUGCCUGCAUCAUGGAUGUAUUGAAAAGAAAAGAAAUCGCUAAAUGGAAGUUGUGCAUGUGUGUUUUGGGAAACGGACUUUUCUGAGAUUUAUAUGGAUGAAAAUGGAAUAAUCAUGCUUAUGAAAAUUCGCAGUAAGAAUGAUCUUGCUGCACAGGUCCAGAUCAUCUGAUCUUUAGAUCUGUGGUAUUUUUGUACUAAGGCUUACGUGCAGUUGAAAAUGGCCGCUAUAUUUUUAAUACUAUAUAACAUAGUGAAGGAUGUAUAUAUGUAUACAGAAUUUCAACAUUACUAAUAUAUACUCUUCUUAUCCACGAA